AUGCCAGGUGCGAGCGAGAAAAGAAGACAAGUUCUCAAGGUUGAUGCUGGCGAGUUCCCCCUGCGUCUAGACGAGUUCCGCCACAAGGAAGCAGUGGUGGUAACAGGCUUGGUCAAGCAUUGGCCCGCCACCCGAGAGUGGACCUGGGAGCAGCUGGCAGAUCCUGCAGGCAAGUACAAGCGCUUUCGCCUGGAGAAACAUCUGCAACAGUAUUUCUCCACUCACGCCCAGAAUGAGAAUCUCUUCCUGGAAAACAUCAUUUUGCAGCAGCCUUUCUCCGACGACUGCCCUUUUGCGUCCGUCACCCAGCAAGCAGAUGGCCCUGACAAGCUCCUGGGCAGAAACUAUCUGCCGAGGCUCAACCAGGCCUGGUCAGAGAGCAAGAAGCUUGCCAUCCAAGCAGGUUUCCUGGAUGAUGAGGAUUACGCGGAGUCUGUGCAAGGCUUCAUCAUCGCCGGCCCUGCAGGGGCAGGUGGUAUGCUGCACAUGGAUCCAGAUUCAACCGCCUACUGGAACGCCCUGGUCCAUGGUCGCAAGCGCUGGAUGUUCCUGACGCCAGAGGAGCUGGAUGUGCUGGCCAAAGCUCUCAUCAAUGCAGGUCUCGCACAGGAGCUUGGUUCCCUGACCUUGCCUCCCGGGAACGUUAGCCGCCAGACGACGACCAAACAUGUGAAGAAGCUUCUGCAGAGAAUUCCUGCCAUCAGCUGGUUUGGCAAGUUGAUGCCACUUCUGCAACAGGCCAAGCUCGACUUUGGCUACGCGGAGGUCAUUGUGGAGGCGGGGGAGCUGGUCUACGGACCUCCAGGGCUUUGGCACAUUGCCUUGGCUUUGGAGGAUUCCAUAUGCUGCAGCGAGCAGCUGAUUGACGACGGCAAUCUUAUCCGUUUCGUCAAGGAUGAUGGGCAGCCGUACGAGCCGGCCUUUGCAUAUUUGGGCUGCCAGGCUGCAAAAAAGCAUUGGCCAAACCUAAUGGAUCCUCUUGCAUCGUUCUGCAACCGUGCUGAGCGGGAUCUGAAGAGGCAAAGUGGGUUCCUACAACCCAAGCGGAGGAGCACCCGAUGUAACGACACGCAUGAUGGAGUUAACUCCAGCUGCAGUGCUGGAUGA